AUGUCAUACUGCCCAGAGGUGAGAGAGGAUGGAGGACCUGUGUAUGUUCGUGAAAAUGGAAAGCUGUUCCUUGCUGGGUCCAAUUUAUCUAACAGCAGAACACGCUCUGUUGGUCUUUUCUCCAGAGCUUUUUCUGUGGAGCUGUGUCUGAAACAUGAAGAUGCAAGCAGACACAAGGAAAAGUCUUUCUUCUUCACCUACACCGAGCAUGGCAGCUUGCGGUACUCUGCCAAGCCACUUUUUAACCUGACUCUUGAUUUCAUUGCGGACAACAUUCAGUAUGUGGAUUCUCUCAUUGGAUUCCCAGAGCAGAUUGCAGAGAAACUCUUCACUGCCGCAGAAGUUAGACAACAAUUUCACAGGCCUGGCAGUGGGCUCAAAGCCUUGCAGAAAUUUACAGAGGCUUAUGGAGACCUGAUACUGUCCUCUCUGUGCCUUAGGGGCAGGUAUUUGCUAGUGUCUGAGAAAUUAGAGGAAAUUCAGUCUUUUCAAGGUCUACGCUCUCUGGACUUGUCAUGUUGUAAACUGGGAGAUGACCAUGAACUAAUUGGUCACUUUACCUCUGAAGCACUGAACAGCUUGCAGGAAUUAUACUUGAAAGACAACUGUUUGUCAGAUACUGGAAUCCGGAGAAUGACAGCCCCUACACGUGUCUUGCGUAAGGGGCUUGGAAACCUCACAGUGUUGGAUCUCUCAGAUAACCAAGGAAUCACAGACAUUGGGGUAACGUUCCUGUUUGUUUUUAAAAUGCUUCACUUCUUGGAUAUUUCUGGUACAUCUAUACAGGAUGCUACCAUUGGAAAGAUCGAGAAAAGCAUUGGAUUAAAACAUUCUAAGGAACAGCUAACUCGGUUUGAUCAUGUGAACUGUACUACUGAGGGCUGGGCUGAACAGCUUUUCAAUCAGUGGGAAAAAUAUAUCCUCUCCGCCAUUAAAUCAAAGAGAAAAGACAAGGCAAAACCACAGACGGCUGCCCAGACAUUUUAUGGAAAGGAAAAGAAACAAAGCCAACAGGAUUUAAAAAUGUGUAUUUUGCAAAACACACCAACACAAGCACGCAAACACCUGCAGUUUUACAAGCUGCAGGCAAAAGAGAAUGACACGGUGUACUCUGAGUCUACUACAAAUGAAAACUCAACCAACAGAGCUCUAGAGAAUGGAAGACAAACUACAAAUCCAGACCCAAAUACAAAACAGCCAAGUUUUACAUUUUCUGAUACAGACUGGGAAAUGUUAAACAGUUACUAAAACCGAGCUCGUGUUACCCAGAAAGUGGUCCAAGAUCCACUGUGAGCCCUUUUCUUAUGACUUCUCCAUGAGAAGUAUCCCAGUAACUCAUUUUUCUAAUUUACUCUGAAACGAAAUACCAAACGUCCUCUUACUCAUUUUUCUUAUGGGCAGACAAGUUUGGUGGUGAUCUGAAGAGUAAAUUUGCACGUGAAAUUGUUUGACAGUAAGCUACAAUGUGUAUUGUAUUCACUUUUUGUUUUGAUAUCGUGAGUGGAUACUUGGUUCUUGUUGGCCUGUGGAUGUUGUCAGUGCACUGAAAGUACACUGCAGGCCAGUGACCUGAGUCAUAACUAUAUAGGAUUGAUUCACUAAACUGAGAGUUGUACCCCAAAAUAGCUGAGAUAUCAAGACUUUUUCUAGUUUGAUUAUUUUGGCCUAAAUUAUAUAUUAUUUUCUUAUCAGCUCUCCACCGUUCCUAGCUUAGUGUAUAAACCCAUGUAUGUUAUGCUUUCUGUGCAGAAAUCUAUAAAUAGAGGGGUGAGCUGACAAGCAAGUUAUGAAAUUCACGGUUAAAAAAAAUAGGAAAAAUAUCCAACUUGGUCUCUUUUAAGACAUUUUCCAUCUUGACUAUUUUGAUUUUUUUUUUCCAACUUUCUGUCGACUCACUAAUUGUAGUGAACUGGCCCAGGAAACCAAGACAGGAAGGGGUUGUUUAUCCCAAACUAUAGUUUUUGGUUUUUGUCUGAGAGUGUCCAGUCCCCACAAUAGCACUUACAUUGCUAGGAUCUAAUCGAGGCAAUAGCAUUUUGUAUCUUUU